CCGUAAAAGCCUGGAGGCGCUAGAAGCUAAAGUAAAGGUGGGGAGGACGCUUAGUAUGACCGCACAGACGCGCGAGACACCGAAACGGCUCGAGUCCGGAGAGAGGGGUCAUGAAAGUGUAGGAUUUUAGGGGGCCUACGACGGCGCUUUCGUCCAUCUGCACUUCAACCCGGAAGCACGAACUUUCCAACUGAGGACUGUGGAGACCAACUAGGUUGAAAUGGAGAACCAAGAAUCAACAGAUUCUUCUCAGAACGCUAAACAGCACAUUAUUUCAGAGGAGUUGAUUUCAGAAGGAAAAUGGGUCAAAUUUGAAAAAACAACUUAUAUGGAUCCAACCGGUAAAACUAGAACUUGGGAAACUGUGAAACUUACAACCAGGAAGGGAAAAUCUGCUGAUGCUGUGUCCAUCAUCCCGGUGCUGCAGAGAACUCUUCAUUAUGAGUGUAUUGUUCUGGUGAAACAGUUCCGGCCCCCGAUGGGUGGCUACUGCCUGGAGUUCCCAGCAGGGCUCAUCGAAGACGGUGAGAGCCCUGAAGCAGCUGCCCUUCGGGAGCUGGAGGAAGAAACUGGCUACAAAGGUGAUGUUGCAGAAUGUUCUCCAGCUGUGUGUAUGGAUCCAGGCUUGUCAAAUUGCACCACACAUGUUGUGACAGUGACCAUCAAUGGAGAUGAUGCAGGGAAUGUUAGGCCAAAGCCCAAACCAGGGGAUGGAGAAUUUGUGGACGUGAUUUCUUUACCAAAGAAUGAUCUGCUGGCUAGACUUGACGCUUUGGUAGCAGAAGAACAUCUAACAGUGGAUGCCAGGGUCUACGCCUAUGCUCUGGCACUGAAACAUGCGAACUCGAAGCCAUUCGAAGUGCCUUUCCUCAAAUUUUAAGGCCAAGGAGGACACUGGCCAUGUUUUAUAAAUGAGACCAUAAGGCCUUUACUUACUAUUCGGUGUAUUCACUUAGGUUUAAUGUAGAUUGAAAAUCAGCUUUUUCAUAAAAUAAAAGCAGCACAGACCAUGUGGUAUGGAAUUAUAAUUACAGAGAGGAUGUAUGCAACCUUCAUUUUAAAUUUGUUUAAUAUUCAUAAAAAUGAACAUAAAUA